AAUUUGUAAUUUCACCUUUAGGCAUUUUCAACAUUGUUUGAAGGUCGAAAGGUCGUUUAGACUUCAAGAAUUCUUCACGUUAAAAAAUUUUCUAAGUAAAUUAAAAACUUUAAUCAUGGACCGCAAAUUUUUUGUCGGUGGUAAUUGGAAAAUGAAUGGAAAUAAGAAGGAAAUUAACGAAAUUGUUAAUUUUUUGAAAGCUGGACCUCUCGAUCCAAAUGUCGAGAUUGUUGUUGGAGUUCCAUCAAUUUAUUUAACAUACACUAAAGACAUUCUCCCGCAGAAUGUAAGUAUAAGCGCUCAAAAUACGUACAAAGUAGAAAAAGGUGCAUUUACUGGGGAACUCAGUCCAGCUAUGUUGGUGGACAAUGGCAUUCCUUGGGUAAUCCUUGGUCAUUCUGAGCGGAGAAAUGUUUUCGGAGAAACAGAUGAGCUAAUUGCCGAUAAAGUUGCUCAUGCAUUAGAUGCUGGUGUGAAGGUUAUUGCUUGCAUUGGAGAAAAGUUAGAGGAGAGGGAGAGUAAUAAAACCGAAGAAGUUGUUUAUCGUCAGACGAAAGCCAUCUGCGAUAAGAUUAAAUCUUGGGACAAUGUCGUUUUGGCUUACGAGCCAGUCUGGGCAAUUGGAACUGGAAAGACCGCAACGCCCCAACAAGCUCAGGAGGUUCACGAUAAGUUAAGACAAUGGUUUACAAAGAAUGUUAGUGAUGCAGUAUCUAAAUCAUUAAGAAUUAUUUACGGAGGUUCUGUAACUCCAGACAAUGCCAAAGAUCUAGCGAAAGAAAAAGACAUUGAUGGCUUCCUUGUAGGUGGAGCUUCCUUGAAACCAGGUUUUGUUCAAAUUGUUAAUGCAAAACAAUAAAAAGUGCUUUUAUCGAUUUA